GAUUGAGCGCAGCUCCUAAGGCGCGCGCCUCACUCCGCUGCUGGAAGCAGAGAGCGCACGGAGCAACAGCCACGAGAAAUAACUGAACACAGCUUGCUUUAUCUGUAUGGCACUUCAAAUAUGACUUGUUAACGUUCCACAUACCGGCGCGUACUGGGAAUAUGAAGCCGAAAAGCCGCGGCCAAAGCUUGUCGGACUCCAGGGAGCUGGAUGGAUCCUAUGAUCAGCUUACGGGUAACCCCUCCACCAGUCAAAGCAAAAAAACCAUAAAGCAGCGAUUCCUCAAGCUGCUGCCGUGCUGCAACCCCUCGACUGCCCCCUCUAUCAGUCAAAACAGCGUUGAAGAUGACUUUGAGUUGUCCACUGUGUGCCAUCGUCCUGAGAGCAUGGACAAGCUGGAGGAGCAGACAAAGUUUACCAAGAAGGAGUUGCAAGUCCUCUACAGGGGCUUUAAAAAUGAGUGUCCUAGCGGAGUGGUGAAUGAGGAGAACUUUAAAAACAUUUACUCCCAGUUCUUUCCUCAGGGAGAUUCAAGUAUGUAUGCACAUUUCCUGUUUGAAGCCUUUGACACCAACAAGAACGGCUCAGUUAGUUUUGAGGACUUUGUUUUUGGCCUGUCCAUCAUCUUGAGAGGGACUAUUAAUGACCGGCUAAACUGGGCAUUUAACCUCUAUGACCUGAACAAGGAUGGCUGCAUCACCAAAGAGGAGAUGCUAGACAUCAUGAAGAGCAUCUAUGACAUGAUGGGAAAAUAUACAUACCCUACCAUGAUGGAUGAUGCUCCGAGAGAACACGUAGAAAGCUUCUUUCAGAAAAUGGACCAGAAUAGAGAUGGGGUGGUCACCAUAGAUGAGUUUAUUGAUUCGUGUAAAAAGGAUGAGAACAUUAUGCAGUCCAUGCAGCUGUUUGACAAUGUCAUCUAAGGAUGUGGACCGGUGAGGCUACUGGCACUGGGUGGGAGUGUAUUGGAGGAAAAGGCAGGUCAGGACUACAGAGGCAGGAAGAGUUUGUGAAUGCGUGUGUGUAUGUGUGUGUGUGGCUGAGUGGCAUACAGGCCUGAGCAUAUGUCACUACAAAGAACUGUGAAUCCUUUGGGAGCAGAGAGACCAUCACCCUCCUCCAGGACCUCUAGUGGCAUUUCUUCCAGCAACAAUGGAGUUUCCAUGACUCCCAGGCUAAUCAUAAAGAACCCGUCUUAGUUUUAUUCUUGAGAACAGAUAAAGAAGGCUUGUAGUGGACUUACAGCAACUAGAACACUCAGCUGUUUUAUUCAUUUCUUUCAUUGUCGGUCUACUAUCAGAGCCUGUAAAAGUUGAACUCAGACGGAUCAAGAUUCCCUGAAAAUGUUGACCUAAAAUAACUUUCUCCCUCAUCCCUAUCAGUCUUGGUAUUCGGGUUUGUGAUUGUGGUCUUGGCUCUGUUGGGUGCGGGAACACCUCCCUGGAGCCAAUGGCACACAUCAAAAUGAGUCCUUGGCCGCCUGGUGGACGCGACGGAGAGAGAAACUACCUGAUGGAACGACCAACAACUUGAAGAUCUGAGUGAUCCAAGGUGGAAGUUGAAGAACCUGUUUUUUUUAUGAAAAACUGAUUUCAGUAUCGCAUGAUGUCACUAAUAUCUUAUUACAUAUUUAAAGAGAUAUUCCAAAGUCUGCUCGUCUGUCUGCCGUUCCUAGUCAUUCACAGGUGCCUCACCCUUACUGUAUGUGCGUGUGUGCAUGUGUAUCAGGAAGACAUGCUGUCUGUCCUAACAAUAAGUCCCCUCAGUCUGUCACAAACCCUCUUUAUUUGAGGGUUAGACUAACUCCUGGCCUUCCAAACUAUUCAGUCCUAGCAGUAGUUGUCUGAUGACUGUUGUUAUAUUUUUAGCAUUCCCAGAGGAAUGGUUUUAGCCAGUGCAAUGUGGGAAUAGCACUAUAGUUAUUCAGCUUGUGACCAGUCCAACCCUGUCAGUUUAUGACUAAAUCAAAUUCAUACUGGGCUUUCAAUUUUUAUUAAAGGGAAAAUCAAUAUAUGUCAGAUGGUAUGUGCGAAAUUAUCAAAAAUGUUGUGUGGUUGUAGCAGGUUCUACCACUUCUAUAAAGUAUUUAUUUUAAAAGUAAGCCCAAAUAGCCUAUACAGAGGUAUAAUGUGAAUAAUAUGGGUGGGGUUCUUUCCAUGUGCCCACAUUAACCAGUUCUUAUUAGCCGUUCUCUUCCACCAAAGAGGAAAUAUUAGAGCUAAUUAAAGCUUAGGGGUGUAAGGAGCAAUCAGGCAAAAAGCACUCAGAGAUAAAGGUAUAUUGUUUGCCUGCUCAUUGUUUUAAGUGUAACUCAAGGUUGUGAACCUGCAUGAUAAGCUGUUGAGUAAUACUUUAAAUAAGCAUCUUAAUUUGUCUCUUUUUAUACCAGAGCAUCACUGAACUCUGACACAUUGUGCCAGAGGCACUGAAACAUGAAUUAAUUUAAUAGAGACUAACAUGUAAUAGCAAUAAUGUUCUCCAUCACAGUACCUUUCCAUUUCCACCCAAUCUCUUGUUUCCCCCUAAAGCAAAGUCACCCAUCUAUUUUUUAUAGUUUCUUUAAAAAUAUCCCCAACUCUGUUUAGUUGAUAUUUAUUUUCUGUAUUUCUUUUCACUAGAAAAGUGUUUCAGCUCAGUUUUUAGGUGCCCGACUACAGUAAAACCUGUCUAUACCCGCAUGUACUGUGUCUAGAACAAUGAAAAGUUACCAACAUGUUAUAAUGAUUGUCUGGUUAGAUAGCUGCUGGUUGUAUUCCCUAUUCAAAAUGUGUAUAUUUUGUACAGAGACAAUAAAAAUCAAAGUUACUAUGCAAAAUGGACUUAA